AAGAGUAUUUCUGCAGAGUUACUAUUUCGCUGAAUCUUAAACUGCGUCCAUUCCAAUCUUUCCGACAGCACCUGAAUGCAGCAGCAGAAGCUCAUCUGUUGGACAGGGAAACUAAUCAGGAGCCAAGUAAAGACUUUUCAAUACUGCUAGCUAUUUGGCUAGCACGACUUUAAAGUCAGAGCUUCAAACGACACAGGAGGACGGACUUUGUUUAUGACACACAGAAUCUCCUAUGUAGAAAAAACAACACCCCAGCUAUGUUUUAGAAGCAGUUUUCCCGUUGCGCUUUAAGUAUAAAGCGAACAGCCUCCGGCCAGCCAAAGCUUGUGGCUAGCUCAUUAACGUUAGCGGGGAAAAGAAGUGCAAGUGGAGGCAAGAAAAUGGAGCUGGACGACGUAGUCCUGUAUCAGGACGACUCCGGCAACUCUACCAUGAUGUCCGAGCGGGUCUCUGGUCUAGCCAGCUCGAUAUACCGAGAGUUUGAGCGGCUCAUCGAAAAGUACGACGAGGACGUAGUGAAAGAGCUGAUGCCGCUGGUCGUUGCCGUGUUGGAAAACCUGGACUCGGUGUUCGCUGUCAACCAGGAGCGCGAAGUGGAGCUGGAGCUGCUGAAGGAGGACAACGAGCAACUGGUCACCCAGUAUGAACGGGAGAAAGCCCUGAGAAAACACGCAGAAGAGAAGUACAUCACCUUGGAGGACUCCCAAGAUGGCGAGAAGAAGGAUCUCCAGUGUCGAGUGGUGACGUUGGAGUCUCAUGCUCGACAGCUAGAGCUCAAAACUAAAAACUAUGCAGACCAGAUUAGCAGAUUCGAGGAUAGAGAAACAGAGCUCAAAAAGGAGUACAAUGCUCUUCAUCAGAGACACACUGAGAUGAUCCACAGUUACAUGGAGCACUUGGAACGGACUAAACACCAACAUGCAGCAGGAUUAGCAGAGCCCUCGGAUACAGCCGCACCAGUUAGAACACGGAAGGAGCGUCCCAUUUCCAUGGGAAUAUUCCAGCUCCCUGGGACUGAUGGUAUGACCCCUGAAUUCCAUAGAGAACCUGUUGACCCAUCAGAACCAUGGAGAUUCAACAACCUCAGCCAUCCACGGUCCAACACCAGCCUCAAGGAUGAAUUGGCCCAUAUGAACCGUGGAAGCUCUAAGUCCGGCACACCAACCAAGCAGGGAAGCGUUUCAAAAAGUGGAAAUGAUGGAGGGUCCAAAGCCAGCACUUUCAUAUCCUCUCAGGGUGGUCCCUCCAAAUCCAGCACACCUACUACUCAUAGUGGUUCUCAGUCCACAACACCACCGUCUCCCCAAGAUGUGUCCAAUUUUGAAGAAGGGUCUGCCUCCUCUGCUCUGCGAUCUGCUCCUCCCUCUGAUGUUGCCAUGGAGUCACGUCUACAGGAACAGGAACCUUCAGACGGGCUCAACAAGAACCUGGACUGGAAGAGUGGCAAACCAGAGGGCAGUAAGAACAUGACAGCAGUGCAGGAAGGACAGCAGGAGUCUGCCAACGCUGCUCUGAAAAGUGAUGAUGAAGACGAGAAGACUGAGGUGCAGGCAAUCAUUGAGUCCACACCUGAACUGGACAUGGACCUGGAAGGCUGUAGAGGAACAAGCACACCAGCUAAAGCUGGCAUAGAGAACCUGGCAUUCAACCGAAACACCGACUCUCUGUUUGAGGAGCUGUCGUCUGCAGGAAACGACUUGAUAGGAGACGUAGAUGAAGGAGCUGACCUGCUCGGUAUGGGUCGGGAAGUUGAACACCUUAUCCACGAGAACACCCAGCUGCUGGAAACCAAAAAUGCUCUGAAUGUAGUGAAGAACGACCUGAUCGCUCAAGUGGACGAGCUGUCGUGUGAGAAGGAAGUUCUGCGAGGAGAGCUGGAUGCUGUCACUCAAGCAAAGACCAAACUGGAGGAGAAGAACAGAGAAUUAGAGGAGGAGCUCAAGAAAGUUAAAGCAGAACUGGAGGACACCAAACACAAGGUCAAGAAUGACAAUGAGGAUGAUAGUGACGUCCCCACGGCUCAGAGGAAGCGCUUUACCAGGGUGGAGAUGGCCAGAGUCCUGAUGGAGAGGAACCAGUAUAAGGAGAGGCUGAUGGAGCUGCAGGAAGCUGUCAGAUGGACCGAGAUGAUCCGGGCUUCAAAGGAGAAUCCAGCUCUUCCAGAGAAGAAGAAAUCCAGCCUCUGGCAGUUGAGUUUCAGCCGUUUGUUUAGCUCGUCGAGCGGAGCAGGCAAGAAGCCGCCGGUGGAGGCCCCGGUGAACGUCAAGUACAACGCGCCGACCUCUCAGAUUCAGCCGUCCGUCAAGAAGAAGAGCAGCACGCUGCAGCAGCUGCCCAGCGACAAGAGCAAAGCCUUUGAUUUCCUCAAUGAGGAUUGUGUGGUUUUGUCCCACAGACAGCCGGCUGAUAACGUGGUGUCCAGGCGGGAGCAGAAGCGAGCUCAGUACCAGCAGGUCAAAGCCCACGUCCAGAAGGAGGACGGCAGAGUGCAGGCGUACGGCUGGAGCUUACCCAAGAAAUACAAAGCUAAUGGUGGUCAGUCAGAGGGCAAGAUGAAGAAUCUACCUGUUCCUGUCUUCCUCAGGCCACUGGACGAGAAAGAUGCUUCUGUGAAGCUGUGGUGUGCUGCUGGUGUGAACCUAUCUGGAGGGAAAACCAGAGAUGGAGGCUCAAUAGUGGGAGCUAGUGUGUUUUACAGUGAUGUGUCAAGCCCACAGAGCCCUAAAAAGAAGAUCGGAUCUCAGAGUAGCCUGGACAAACUGGAUCAAGAACUUAAGGAUCAGCAGAAGGAGCUUCUGCAUCAGGACGAGUUGUCAUCACUGGUGUGGAUUUGCACCAGCACCCAGUCCACCUCAAAAGUUGUCGUCAUUGACGCCAACCAGCCUGGAAACAUCCUGGAGAGCUUCUUUGUUUGUGACUCCCACGUCCUCUGCAUCGCCAGUGUACCAGGUGCGAGAGAGACGGACUACCCGGCUGGAGAGGAAGUGUCUCCACAAUGUGAGGCAGCGUCAGUCGGAGACGACAGCUUGUCAGCAGACAAAAGCAGCUCACCAGGAGGUGACAGCCUUCUCGGAGGCAUCACGGUGGUGGGCUGUGAUGCUGAAGGAGCAACAGCUGUUCCUCAGACAGCAGAACAUCCAGAAUCCAGACCAGCAGAGGAAGCCACAGAGGCGACAGAGACCAGCUCAGGUGCUGCUGACCACAGAGAAAGCCUGAGGGGCAUCUACACAGAGCACAUCUUCACAGAUCCACUCGGAGCUAAGCAGACAGAGACUCCAGCAAACUACUCUCAGAGGGAGAGCGAUCUGCUGAAAGACGGAGUGAGUUCAAACCCCAGCGCCGAGGAGCAGGACCUGAUGAUCGAAGAGGCUCAGAAGAUGAGCAGCGUCCUGUCCACGAUGUGGCUGGGGGCGCAGAACGGAUGCGUGUACGUCCACUCCUCUGUGGCUCACUGGAAGAGGUGUCUCCAUUCGAUAAAGCUGAAGGAGUCUGUGCUCGGCAUCGUACAUGUGAAAGGACGUGUCCUGGUCAGUCUGUCUGAUGGCACGCUAGCCAUUUUCCACAGAGGAGUAGACGGACAGUGGGACCUGACCAAUUACCAUCUGUUAGACCUGGGGAGGCAGCAUGAGUCCAUCCGCUGCAUGACGGUAGUUCAUGACAAGGUGUGGUGUGGCUACCGGAACAAGAUCUAUGUGGUGCAGCCUAAAGCCAUGAAGAUAGAGAAAUCAUUCGAUGCCCACCCUCGGAAGGACAGUCAGGUGCGUCAGCUGGCCUGGCACGGCGAUGGGAUCUGGGUGUCCAUCAGGCUGGACUCCACUCUCAGGCUGUUCCACGCUCACACCUACCAGCACCUGCAGGACGUCGACAUCGAGCCUUACGUCAGCAAGAUGCUCGGUACGGGCAAACUGGGCUUCUCAUUUGUCAGGAUCACCGCUCUCAUGGUGUCAUGUGACCGCCUGUGGAUUGGUACUGGUAACGGAGUCAUCAUCUCCAUCCCUGUGACAGACACAGCCAACAAGGUAACCAAGGCAGCAGGUAACCAUCCUGGAGGCGUGGUUCGUGUGUACGGUGACGACAGCGGCGACAAAGUGACAGCUGGGACGUUUGUUCCCUACUGCUCCAUGGCUCACGCUCAACUCUGCUUCCACGGUCACCGGGAUGCGGUCAAGUUCUUCGCUGCUGUUCCAGGUCAUGCAGUUCCAUCUGCGUCCAGCGGAGGAGACGCAGCGGGAGACAAGGCCGCCGACGCCACAACUCAGGAAGGAAGCAAGUCCAUGCUGGUGAUGAGCGGAGGAGAGGGCUACAUCGACUUCAGAAUGGGCGACGAGGACGGCGAGGCAGACGAGGCAGAGGAUGCUCCGAUGAAGCUGCAGCCCUUCCUGGCCAAAGCCGAGCGCAGCCACCUUAUAGUCUGGCAGGUGUUUGUCAAUGAGGACUGAACACAGACCUUCCGACCCCCCCGUCCAAACGUCAGCCUCAGAGGAGUCGACGCGACUUCGCUCUUUUGAUUAAAGUUCGAUCAGCACUUAUUUUUGUUUCCUCAGUCCUGAACAAUAAGAGUGAAAGCAAAAACUGCUCUGAGAGCCUCUCUAAUUAUAACCCUGGAUGCAUAUUGUUUUGUUUUGUUUCAUUUUAUGGAUUUGAAAACAAUCUGUUACUAUGCCUCAUACUAUUUUAACUGAGUUGAAGCCUUCUUUAGGGACACAACUUUUCAUUUCAUGUCAUUUUCCUCCCUCUGCUCGAACCUGCUCACCUGUUGCCCUUAAUGAAUGUACGAUGGACAUACACGCGGGUGUCAAUCACAUGGGAUCCAUCAUCAGAUCCUUUAUUCAUGUUUUUGGUUUUCUUCUUUUGAGAUCUUUAAAUUUUAAAAGCCAAGCAGAUGAAUUAAUCCACUAACAUUUAUUCCGACAAAAUGAGUAGCAGUGAAAGACCAGUUGGUGCCUCAUAAAAACCCUUUAAGUCACAGAUCAUGUAGGUUUCCUAAAAAUAAAUCUCAUGAUUAGUACAUUUGAUUCUUUUUUUUUCAUCCAUACUGGUGGAAAAACUAUUCUGUCCACUUAAAAAUAAUUUUAAAUGAAAUCCUGACAAAAUCAGUGUAAUAUCUCCAUAAACAAACUUGAAUGUAUUUUUACAAAAUGAUAAAAAAAGUUGCCCUUUUUGGCUACAAUGCUAUGAAUUUGUGGGCAGAUUUAAUUGUUCCUGAAGUAAAAUCAGAAACUCUAAGCACCUUUAACAAACUGUAUUUCAAUUUCCUAACUAAAUAUCUUCGUUUGUUGUUGACAGGCUUAAAAUUAUUACAGUCAAGUCAAAGACCUCUGUGAGGUUAACUUUUAAAUAGGGUUUAAUAACUGUGAAGCCAUGUUUGAUGGGAAUUAGCUGCUGUUAGCAUGUACAGCAUGUCAGAGGAGCAACUAUAGCUACUGUUAGAAAACCCAACUCUGUGCUGUGACUUUAUUGUAAUGCAUGAGUAGCACAAACUGGAGCGAUACAUCAGACUCCGCGCUCAUUACCUAUUAAAGCUGGGGUAGGCAGUGUCCCAUAUCCUGGUCUUACUGGUUCCAGUGUAGAACGUUAGGUUAGUGGAUCAUGGCAGCUGUGGUUGGAUGAUGUCAUGUGGAUUUGCAGAGUGAUGCUAACUGUAGCACCGCUAGCACCAGCAGCCCUCUUUGAUUUGCAGGUUUUGAUUGUGCCAAAGAUGAUGCACCUGUGUCCUGAUGAUCAAAACACAUCGUUAGCAUGAGAUUUGGGGGGGGGGGGGGGGUUGUUUCAUUGGAAAAUCUAAGUUUAUCUCUGAGAGGAAACCAAACAUCUGCCUCCUAUUGGAUUUUUUUUUUUGUGAGGUUGUUUCCAAUUGUUCUCAAUUACUAGCACGCUUCAUCUUCCUUCUACAGACAUUACUCCCAUAUUAAAGGCAAUAACAUUCUUAUUAAUAGCAAAUGAUGCUCAGUAAUCACAACAUAUCAAGCUUGUUGUCUUCCUCCGGACCAGUGAUGAAGUCGUCAUCCGUCUGUUUUGGUCGGUUAGAUUGUGUUGGUAGAUUUACUGUCAUGAAAGCAGAUAAACGGCUGUGGUGAAUGUUAACGACGAACCCUGUUCUCUUCAAACAUAUCUGCUUACCCCAGUUUUAACUUGCAAUAGACUAUAAACUUGUUUCAUUUGUCGCAUCAUCAUCAUCAUCACAUUGUCGGCCCUCUGAUCUCCCUCCACCCACCAGCUCCACUCAGUAGACACUUUAAGAAAUGCCUUAGAUAUGAAGGUUGGAAAGGAUUGAGUGAAAGCUUUUCAAGCAUGAUUGUUUAUUUUUCUCUAAAGAAUGUUCGGUUUCCUACCAAAGCCUAAAGAGUGAUACUUAGCCACAAGCUGAGCUAAUAAUGUGUCUUGUUUGCCUCUGUGUUCACAACAUGAAGGUUUUUGUAACACAAAUCCAAGCAGAUUGAUGAGAUAUAUUUUUAGACUUUUGUAUUUAGAACCUGAAAUAUUUUGAAGGCGUGAGAGAAGCGAACGUGCUGGACCAGUAACCGUGAACGAGCAGCCUUGCUGCAGAUUACAUAACAGCCCUCACUAAUCAUUACGUUGACAUUUAGAGGUCAGAACUCGGACAUCUUUGGUUUUGCAGAGCUGCUCUGCUCCCUUUGUACAAGCCUGUGUAUGUUAUCUGACGUUACCCAUCCUCAUGGCAAAACAGGGAAAGUUUUGCUGAUUUUAUGAGCUUUUAUGUGUAAUAUCUAUUUUUAGACUGUCCUCUCAGCACAGUGCAGGAAAAAAAAAAAAAAAAAAAGUUCCUUUGGGUUUUUUUUGAGAUGGUUUUUCUGGCCUCUGUGCACCACUGCACUCAUGUUUAUUUUUGUUUUGUUCCUUUUGUAUUGAACAAUAUCAGAAAGGCCCGUUUUCAUCAUGCAAGAGUGUGUGUUUAAGUGUGUGUGCCUUCUCUCCACGAGAGAAGAGAAAUAUUGCAGUUUAGCCAUUUCAGUAUUUAUUUACAGUGAUUGAGCCUUUGCAAUUGAGAAUGUUUCUUUGUACAUUGAAUAUGAAUAUAUGAUUAUAUAUGUAAGAAAUAUGAAGAAGGUGUGGGUUUAUUGUUUUCACAACAGUUGUUGCUGUUGGAAUGAUGUAGUGGAUUUGCAGAAGGUAACUUUACUCAGCUAUGCAGCGUGUGUCUAAGGGGAGAGAUUAUUAAGUAGAGAUCCCGACGCUGUCCAAUCGCAGUCGGCUUUCAUCUCACAGCGAAGGGGAGGAAUACGGUCGAACUUAACCCCAGCCGGCCGGCAGCUUCAUCCCAACACAGCACAACAUGGGAGACUUUCUCAAAGUCGUGUCAUCCUUCUAGUCUGCAUUAUUACGUUUGAAUAACUUGGGCCUCUCUUCUGCAGCACACACAAUCAUGUUGUACCUCUGCAGCAUCUCAAGCCUUACUCAUUUGUAACAAUCGAUUAAAGCAACUUUUGUGGGCAAA